AAUCGAGUCAUUUAAAUAAUAUAACCAAACUCAUUAAAGUAAUUCUUGUCGUAGUUCAAAAGUACUGUGGAACAAUAGGAAGCACGCGCUUUGCGGUUUGAACCAACGCACUAGCAACAUAUUGGAUAUUGGAUGUCAUGGGAAUUGGCAUUGGGCUCAAGGUCUGGGCGCGGCGUUUCGGAGCUUAGACGUGUGGUGAUACACGAGGCUACUUUUACACAAACAAGCUUAGAGUUUUUGGCUUCUACUUGAACGUCGUACGUUUCAGGCAAUUUCGAAUAUACUUCUCAAUUUCGCAUCUCCGUGAUCUUGAGACUAUUAUUUACAAUGAAAGUUACAUUUCUUUAACAUUGGUACUCGAUUCAUCUCAUAACCUCUCAGUAAACCAAUGUCGUCUACUGCAUCUGUAGUCCCCAAUGUUUCAUACCAUUUGCCCAAGCCUGUUACACAGAAUUUCCAGCACUUCGAUUGUGGUUCUGAUGGGUCAGUGUUGGGAUUCAGCCAUCAGUCUCCCCAAAAUAAUGAUUAUGGGCCUACUACUAAUUUUAUGAAGUCAGAGUCAUCUAUAUCCGCUUCUAAACUAGUUUCCUAUAACUUAGAUAACGCUUUACGUCUAUCAUUAAAGUCAUCUACAGUCCCGCUUAAUGGGCAUAUAUCAAAUUAUACAGAAAAACUGUCUCAACGACCUUUGUCUUUCCAUGAAUCGUCAGCCCCUCCUCUGGAUUCAAUAAUCAAGCAGAAAAUCCAAAGUUUACCCGGAUCUUUGAUCCUAGAAGAUUCGGAAGAAUGUAAAUCCGUCAAAAAAAGUUCUCCUGAAAAUAAACUCCUAUGUUCCGAUGAUGAACUUGAUCAUUUGUGUCAAACCGGUGCUCAUUGUAUUCCAAAAAGAGCUUUGGGAUUUGGUAACUCUGGGAAUACAUGUUAUCUUAACUCUGUACUUCAAUGUAUUUUGGCUACUGGACCUCUACUUGCAUAUAUUAACCAUAAACAUUCAAACCCUAGUAGCUGUAUCAUAACUAAUGGUCGGUCCAGCCUUCCAAGCUUAAAUAAAUCUCGGUUUUGUGUUUUAUGCGGUCUUUCUCGUCUUAUUAAUGAACAUCACUCUCAAAAUGGACGUACAAUUCCUUCUUACUUUGUAACAAAUGUUCGAGCUAUUUGUCCCAGUCUUCGUCCUUAUCAACAAGAAGAUGCACAUGAAUUUCUACUUGGACUUUUGUCAAGAAUGGAAGAUAGUUCAUUGGCAAGUUUUGGUAAAGUGUCUCGUAAAAUAUCUGAAACAAAUGUCAUCAGGAGGAUUUUUGGUGGUAUAAUACGUUCAGAAGUGACAUGUCAUUCUUGCCUCAAAGUUUCAGCUCGGGAUGAACAAUGCUUUAAUUUGUCUAUGGAUAUCACUUGCGCUCGAAGUUUACAGCAAUGUCUGUGUAAUUAUAUUCGUAGUGAAGAGUUAUCAGGUCAAAAUGCAUAUAAAUGUGAAAAUUGUCAUCAACUUCGACCAGCUAUGAGAAAAUGUACCAUUUAUCGAGCACCACCUAUACUUAUUAUCCAGCUAAAUAGAUUUUCACGUCAUCAAAAACUUGAUAUACGUGUAGAUUUUCCUUCAUCAUUUAAUUUACGUCCAUUUAUGACACAAUCAAAAGGUUUACCAAUAUUAUAUAAAUUAUAUGCUAUAGUUAAUCAUGAAGGAUAUAGUUGUCGUAGUGGACAUUAUGUAUCAUUUACUCUACGUCAUGGUCAAUGGUUAUCACUUAAUGAUAGUUUUGUUUCAACAACAAAUCCUGACCAUGUUUUACGUCAGUCACCCUACCUACUGUUCUAUGAAGCGGUUCGUAAUUCAACUAACGGUACAGUUACUCGUACAGUGACUUCUAAGGAAUCUUCACUCGACACUAAUACUCCGAAGCUAAAUAACUCCCAGUUACCUCUUGUUAAUGAUACAGUCAAACAACAACAGUCUAUUACAAAACCUUAUUUAUCAUCAUCAUCAUCGUCUACACAGCCUAAUCAUCAUAAAUCUUUUAACAUCAUAAAACAAACAAAUUUACCACCUGUUACCACAUCAUCUGUUAUUUCUCAAAGUACUUCAUUUACUAAGACACCAACAAUUAAUUCAUUGUGUUGCAGUAAUCCUACCACAAACACGGUAUCAUCCGUACCGAAAAUUGUUUUUAAUCCUAAACUUUCAUUAAAUAAAAUAAACAUCCUGCCCUCACCAAUUGUUCCUUCUACAUCGAUAUCAAAUGGUCCCAUUAAUUCACUGUCUUUUACUUCGAAGAAUAAAAAUAUUCAAGAUAUAGUAGAAUGUGGUAAGAAUCAUCAUUCAAAUAUUAUAUCAACAAUACCUUCAGCCAGCAGUAGUACUAGUGGUACGACAACAACCAUCUCUUUAUCAGCGGCCACUGUCCGGGAGUUGCUCUAUGGAAAAGAAACAUCAUCAAAUUUAUGGACUGAACGUCCAACACCAAUAAACGAGUCUGUUUUAUCAUUGUCGUCGACUUCGUCAUCAUCUUCAACAAUAACAACAUUAUCUCAUUGUAUUAAAAAUCCGACUAGUGAACAAUCAUCAGUUACUCUUUGUAAUAAUUCAGAUAAUCUAACCACAAUCAGUACAACAACGGUACAAACCACCUCAUCUCAAUUACCUUCAGUUAAUACUGCAGGCUUAAAAGAUAAACAACAUGAAUUGACAAAUCCUUUAGUGGACUAUUCUUAUGAGGAAUCGGACAGUGAUAAAAAUGGUUCACCACCUCCUCACAAGCGAAGUCGAACAACAUACAGUGGCUCUGACUCUGGCAUUGUUUGGGUUCCCGGCAAUCAUAAUGAAAAAUCCAAAAAGCAUCAUACUUAUAAAUCUUCACCAGAUGAACAUAAACGUCAUAAGAAAAAGCAUAAAAGUCGUCAUUCAUCUAAACACAGUUCUUCUCAUCAUAAUUCAUGGAAUGGUUCCGACGAUAACCAUCACCAUCAUAAUCAUCGUAAUCGGGAGCUCGAUCGUAGCAGUAGUCUGCCUCGUCCUUCUUCUCAUCAUCAUCAUGACAAGCAUCGUCGCCGUCAUCAUCAUAAAAAAUAUCGACAAGAGUCACCUGAUUCCAAAAAUCACCGCUUCCAUUCACAUCAUAAACACUACAAACAAUCUCAUAGUCAUGAAAAUGGAUACAGGUAAAAAAAAGAAAGAAAUCCCAUUGUUUAACCUGCUGCUUCUACAUCAAACAAUUAUAUUUUUGCAUGCAUUCUUACACUGAUGGAAUCUGUACUUCAAUCUCUUUCUAUCCUUAAUACAUAUGAUAAACACAUUGUCUUGAAUUGGCCUACCAUAUCUGCAAAGAAAAAUUAUUUUUUCAAAUGACAAUGCAAAAUGAAUUCAUUAACAAAGAUCAGUAUUUGUCUAUAACCUGGUGUGUAUUGCUUAUGAAGUCACCUUUCUAUUUCUUCAUUAUCCAAGCUUGUUUUUCUUUAGUUAUUUUAUAGUUUCUCACUUUUGUAUUUAAAUUAGGUCUAAUAAUCCAAACAUAAAAAUGUACAGUUAUGUUCUUCUUUUUUCUCUUCUAUAAACUAUCAUGUUAUCAACGAAUGACGAUUACACAACCAAUUCAUCCAUAUGAUAUAACAUUGCAUACAUUAUUUAAGCCUAUAAAAAUUGAAGAAGAAAACAAAAGAGAAAGACAGAGAUACAUUGUAAUUUAUUAUUUCCUAAAAUCCUAUCAAAUUUUAAAUGAGGAUUAUAUAUAAAAAGUGGUUUUACUGCUCCAUUAAUUAACGUUCUGUAUUAUUGUCUUUAAUGUUAUUAAUUCUUUUCUUUUUUUACUUGUUUACUUUAAAGUGAUGUCGACUACGCUUUUUCACUGUGUUUUUUUUCUGUACGUAGCUAUAAAAGUUUUC